AUGUAUUUAUAUUUGUCUGAAUAUCAGGUGGUUGGACGUAAGCUCCCCUCCGCUCAGGAAGCUGCUCCUAAGCUCUUCCGUAUGCGUAUCUUCGCUCCCAACGUUGUUGUUGCCAAGUCUCGUUUCUGGUAUUUUUUGAAGAAGCUUCGUAAGGUUAAGAAGGCUGCUGGUGAGAUUGUUUCCGUCAACGUCAUCUCUGAAAAGCGUCCUGAACAAAUCAAGAACUUUGGUAUCUGGAUCCGUUACGAUUCUCGUUCCGGUACUCACAACAUGUACAAGGAAUACCGUGCCUUGCGUCGUGUUGAUGCUGUUGAACAAUGCUAUCAAGACAUGGCUGCUCGUCACCGUGCUCGUUUCAGAUCUGUUCAAAUCAUUCGUGUUGCUGAAAUCAAGGAUGCUGAUGUUCGUCGUCAAUACAUUAAGCAACUCUUGACUCCCAAGCUUUCUUUCCCCUUACCUCACCGUCUUGCCAACGUCGACAAGAAGCAUCGUGCUCUCUUCAUUGCCAAGAGACCCACUACCUUCUACUAA